CAUCCUGGCAGAAGUCAGUGAGAACUUCUCUACGGAGCAAACGGGCGGUUUGUGAAGCAGCUUUUCGGGACGUUUGGAGAUGCUUUUGAUGCUCUCAGCCGGCGAUGUCGCUCCGUUCGUGCCCAGAACAAAACUGAGAGACCAUUUCAAUGACUCAACGUGCUCGUUUUGAGGAGCAAAGCAGACGUUUGUGUUGGAUUCCCAGUCCGGAGUCGUGAUGUCUGCCAGCACUCGCGCCCUGCUCUUAGUAUUGCUGAAUGUGCUUCAGGCAAACGGCCAGACGGAGAUGAAGAGGGUGGUCGGAGACAACGCCACGCUGCCCUGCCACCAUCAGCUGUGGCAGACCGACAUCGCCCUGCUGGACAUCGAGUGGAUGCUGCAAAUAUCCAGCUCUCGGCAGAAAGUGCUGAUCACAUAUUCCGCGGGUCGGAUCUACGACACCAAUGAGAGCGAAGAUGGUCGCCUGUCCCUGGCCGGAGACUACCUGAAGGGCGACGCUUCGCUCCUGAUCAGCGACCUCUCGCUCAGCGAUUCGGGCGACUACACCUGCAAGGUCAAGAAUGGAGGGAAGUACAUCUGGAACACAGUCAAGCUCAUCGUGCUCUUGAAGCCAUCAAAACCCCGCUGUUGGAUGGAGGGUCGACUCCUGGAAGGAAGUGAUGUCAGAUUGAGCUGCAAAUCCACAGAUGGUUCAGACCCCAUCAGCUACAAGUGGGAGAGAGUCCUGGACAAGGGGAAAAACGCCGGCAAACUCCCGCCUCUGGCUCUCAUUGAUCUGAAGAACCCCGAGAUCGUGACGUUGAAGAAUCUGACGAGGGAAAGCGCUGGUGUCUAUAAAUGCACCGCCAGCAAUGAUGUCGGAGAAGAAAACUGCACUUUAGAGGUCAAAGUUCACUAUGUUCGAGGGAUGGGCGUGGUCGCCGGCGCAGUGGUGGGCGUGUCCUUCGGCGUUCUCCUUAUCAUCCUCAUCGUCUGGCUUGUUUUCCGCAAGAAAGAGAAGAAGAAAUAUGAGGAAGAGGAAGCACCCAAUGAAAUAAGGGAAGAUGCGGAGGCUCCCAAAGCCAAACUGGUGAAGCCGAACUCUCUGUCGUCGUCCCGCUCUGGCAGCUCACGCUCCGGGGCAUCCUCCACUCAGUCAAUGGUGCACAACAGCGCCACCCGUGGGCCCAGGCCUCGACUGCCUGUGGUGGCUGCGCUUAAAGAAAGCGGACAGCCUGAAAAGUUCCCUCCGGUGCCACCGCCGUACAACCACGUGGUGCCCAAACCCCCCGAGCCCAGCAGUAGCCCCAAAUCCAGCCCGGCCAAACUCAGCCCAGGGAACCUGGCGAGGAUGGGAGCCACGCCGGUGAUGAUUCCUGCCCAAACCAAGGCUUUCCAGACUGUUUAGGCAUACACAAACAGAUAAAACACACACACAUUAACUCCCGCAUCUGCUACCAGGAACAUUCCCAAAGGAUUUCCCAUUCCCUGAGGAAAAUCCAGACGGUCAGGUCUUUGAUUCAACAUUCACAUCAGAAAAAUAUGCUUUUGUUGAUUUCACGUGCGCACUGAAGUGGAAGGAGACCCCUUGUGGAGUGUAUGCAUUUUUAAAGGGUAAGGACAGAGGAGGAAAAAAGAGGUUUUGAUGUGGAGGCCUGUGCCUUGUGUUGUUAUGAUGGUUCGAGCAAACAAAAGAGGCAGAUCUGAACAGAGACAAAGCUCUGGCUUUACCCAGACAGACAGGCUGUCUACCUGACCACACACUUCCCGCUCUCGCCGGCUUUGAACUGACAGCUACAGAACUGCAGGAGAAACUCACAUAAGCGGACUCUUUCUGCCACCUGCUACGAGGAGUCACAUCUGCCACUCAUUUUUUCAGCCAAUCAGCAUUCGCCAGGCGGCCCAGCACGCAUCACACCCCAACAGCCAAUGGCAGGGCACCUGCUGGGUGCUGACAUGCUGCGAUUGGCUCAGAAUGAGGAGAAAUCAACACACAGGCACAUAAACAAUAACACAACAACUGUACAUUAGUUUGUUCCUCAUUACUGCUAUAAAUAUGCCAUAAGAUAUUCCAUAUUUAAUAGGUAUUUAUAGGAAUAUAUUUGAGUUGAAGUAUCUAACAGCAUUGGUAACGUGUGCACUCUCCCUUUAAAUCAUUCAUUGGCAUUCUUGAGGAUAAUGCACACGGUGUCUUCAGUAACGAGGUUGAAGCUCUCUGUGGGGAAAUGGUUUGGCUCCGCUUUUGGUUUCUGGUAUUUUGCAAUUGAAAUCAGAUGUCUGGUUGGCGCGUCCCAUUGGAUGCAAGUAUGAUGAGAUUGGGUCAGGCUGAUUCUGUGCUGGUUUCUUUCAAUGUGAAGUGUCGAAGUGAUUACAGAGCAGGCCCACACACAGUCUGCAUUCAUGAAAUGCUCUGAAUGGUUGUUUUUUUUACGCUAAGCUUUGCAUUAUUGGUUCUCUUUUUGACUUGGCACCAUUUUUCAACUGAGAUAUUAGCCCCUUUCACAUAUACAGACCUACAGAAAUUACUGGCAGUUUUCUAGGAAGGGAUCAUGUGUAAAUUAAAAAAUACCGGCAUUUUUCCAGAAGGAGAAGUUGUAACAUUACCGAAAAUUUGCCGUAAUACUGCUCUGUGUGAACGCAGAAGGAAAAUUGCUGGAAAGAGCGCGUUCA